UACAAAAGUACCUUAAAAAUAUAAAAAAAUCUCAGUUUGUGGAACAAAAAUAAAUUUUAUAAAAUUUUAUUUUCGGAAACGAAGGGAGUAUUAUUUUAUGCCUCAGUGAGAGAGAAAAAAACCCACUUGGAAAGUGAUGAGGUCAUGUAAAUAUCGCAAACUUUGUUGCACAGAGACGCUCACUUUUGGGGGGCAGAGAAGAUAGGGAGCUUAUUAUUUAUGUAAAGCACAAAAUUCGGAGCGAACAUUCAGACAAAAUAAGAGAAAGAAGCGAAAGAAAAGAGUAGAGGCAAAAAUGAAAUUCAAAGGGUCAUUACCCAAACACACACAAUGUUCCAAAAUAUAUAAACAAAAAUAUCCUUCUUUCAACAGGUGAUUUUUUUCGUUUUCUGAGUAGUUUCUUGGAGCUUUAUGGCUAAACCAGAAGAGAAACAGCUACUACAAAAAUGUUUUUCAUGUCAAACUCUUUUAACAAUAUAUAUAUAUAUAUAUAUAUAUAUGGUGUGAUUCAACUUCACAAAGUUCCAAUAUGAUAUAUUGAUAUUUGGUGUCGAAAGAUAUGAAUCAACUCUGUUACCGACUUAGGAUUUGACGAUGAUUCGUCAUCUCUUACUUCUACUUCUACUUCUUCUUCCUCCUCCUUGAAUCUCAAUACCCUAAACCCUAGACCAAUCCAUCAUGGGUGAAGAUGAUAUCGUGGAGCUCUUAUGGAAGAGCGGCCAUGUUGUUGAAAGCAGCCACACACAGAGACGUUCCGUUCCUCCUCCCAUUCUCCGAGGCAGCGGAAGUGGCGGAGGUGGAGAAGAAAGUGCUCCCCUUCCGCUUCCUCCGCCUCUCCACAGUCAACCGUCUGAUCAGAAUAUUUUCAUCCGCGGAGAAGAAAUGGCGUCUUGGCUUAACCAUCAUCCUCGUCCAGGCGAAGAUGAGUUAAACUAUCAUCUUUUCUACUCCGGCCUCGUCUCAACCCCAUUUACUCACCCCCAGGGCUCCGUCUCUCUCACACCUCAACCACUACCACCGCCACCGCCAGCUAGUGUUAUUAUGUUCACUCCGACGGCAGCGGAGAGACCGAUGGGUCAGGUCAUCGCCGGGAGAAGGGCGGAGAGCUUCUUCAACUUGUCGAGGGUAAGAGGGAACGUACAUACAGGCGGUCGAGUCGAAGCAGCCGCUGCACAGUGGGUUAAAGAUUCAACGCAGGUGGGAUCAAGCGCGACUCCGACUUAUUCUGCACCCGAGUCCUGUCUGACACCAGCGACGUUCACUGGCGGAGUGGCGCAGACUUUUGCAGUCCCCAGUCUUAGUCGGAAGGUGGUUGAGACGGUUUGCGAGAUCGCCGGACCGUCUUCUUCGAGGGUCUCAAAGACGGAAACAGAGCCGUUUCAGAUGCAACCAGCGACUGCGGAUGAGAGGAAGCGAAAAGAGAGAGAAGAAGCCGUUGACGAUACCGAGGAAACUGGCGAAGAAGCUCGUGGUUCAACUUCUAGGAAGAGGUCACGCGCUGCGGAAAUGCAUAACAUCUCCGAAAGGAGACGGAGAGAAAAGAUCAACGAGAAGAUGAAAGCUCUCCAAGAACUCAUUCCUCGCUGCAACAAGACUGAUAAAGCUUCAACGCUGGAAGAUGCUAUCGAGUACGUCAAGUCGCUACAGCUGCAAAUACAGAUGAUGUCUACAGGAGGCGGCUGUAUGAUGACUAUGAUGUAUGCUCCAAAUAUGCAACGUUUCAUUGCCCCCUCGGCAAUGGGCAUGGACCGGCCUCCAUUUAUACCUUUCCCUGGCAUGGCUUUACCUAGGCAGGCUCAUAUGGAAGGUCUAGGUCCACCGUAUCCACCACCAAGAUAUCCUUUUCCAAACGUUCAAGCCUUUGACCCGAACCAGUCUCAGUUUCCGGGUUACAUGAAUCCUUAUAGCCAGUUUGUAGGUCUCCAACAAAUGCAACAACCUCCUCCUCCUACUCAGUUGCAGAAUCAAUCACUGGUGAGUUUCAGCCAGGCGAGUAGUAGCAAGGAACCUGAAGAUCAGGAUAACAAACCAAUAGGUUAAAAGAAAAAGGAAUCAGCUCUCCAAGCAAAUGCACAAAGUUGAAGAUGCAACCAGAGGGAUAAUACGUAAAAUAAUAUAGUCGGUUAGAUAAGUCGGCGAAGAGAUGUCUGCGUUUGCGUUGUUUUUUUUUUCUUUAGGCCAAUGAAUAUUUCUCUCCUGCAACUACAACUUUUGUAACGAAAACAAUAAUCUAGAGUGCUACUAGAACUUUUGU